AUGGCGAAUAGCCUCAAACAUCUCUUAUGUUUUCUUCUUGGGGCAGCCGCGGCCGUCGUGUGCAUGCUUUCUUACAUCUCCAUGCACGAAGAUGGAAUUACAGAAGUUGCACAAGCUUCGAAGAUUGAAAGACAAAGUAGAGAGAUCUUGCAAAGUCCCUGCUUCCUCAAACCUAUCAACUUCCUCACUUCGGCAAACAACCACUACCACCAAGAUGCAAAAGUAUUCUUGCCGCCCUCCUGCGAGUGUGAAGACAUCUCUGAAUAUCUUCACCGUCGAGCUUUUGUUGAAGUUUUUGGCAGACUAGUCAAGGUUGACGGUGUCUCCUCCACCCUUGCCCGAAGGACCAACGAGUCUGCUUCAUGGACCAUUAGGAAGCUUUCACAAAGCACCUUCUUUAUCUCCUGCCCUGAUUUUGACAUAGUUCACUACCUUAUGGCCCAAGGACACAUCCAUGGAGAUGGAUUUUCUCUGACUGUUAAUCAUUGGAAUCCCUAUAGGGGUGUCUCUCAACAUAGACUAAAACUUAAGAUGAAUGAGAGCUCCCUGAUGCUGGACUGGUCGGCAAUAUUCUCUAAAAACUUACGUAAUGCAGCAACACUUGAGCAGCCUUUCACUGAAGAAGAGAUUAGGGAAGCAGUCUUCAAUCUUCUUAAAGAUAUCUCAAGGCUAAACUUCACUUUUGUUUCAUUGAUACCUAAAGAGCAAGAUUGCAGAGGGCAGACUACAGAACAUGAAGAUUUGCGUAGGGUGUUGAGAAAUGCUACAAUGAAUGAUAGGACAGUCAUACUCACCACACUUAAUGAAGCAUGGGCCAAACCAAAUUCUGUCCUUGAUCUUUUUUUUGAGAGUUUCCGCAUUGGUGAACAAACAGAGCAACUUUUGAAUCAUUUGGUCAUCUUAGCCAUGGAUCCAAAGGCAUUUGAACGAUGCAAGUCCGUGCACCCUCAUUGUUAUUUUCUGACCACAGAAGGGGUGGAUUUUACUGCUGAGAAGAGGUUCAUGAGCCAAGACUACCUCAAAAUGAUGUGGAAGCGGCUUGAAUUCUUCCACGUUAUCCUGGAGCUGGGAUACAAUUUUCUUUUCACGGAUAUGGACGUUAUGUGGUUAAGAAACCCUUUCUCACACUUCUCUAGCAAUGCAGAUAUUACGUUUUCCACUGACGGUUUCAAUGGCGAUCCUACUGAUAUAAACAACUGGCCCAAUAAUGGAUUCGUCUACGUGAGAUCAUGUGACCAAACAAUUGAAUUUUACAAGUACUGGUGCUUUGCUAAGAGUCUGUAUCCUGCUGAUAAUGAACAAACAGUAUUAAACAAAAUCAAACAUUACAAUGUCGCCCGGCUCAAUAAUCGGAUUCGAUUUCUGGACACAGCUUAUUUUAGUGGUUUUUGUCAACCUAGCAAGGACUUCAACAAGGUUUGCACCAUGCAUGCGAACUGCUGCAUCGGUAUCGAUAACAAGCUCCAUGACCUCAGAAUUGUUCUUGCGGAUUGGAAAAACUACACAUCUUGGACCGCAGAGGAGAGAGAACGGGGAGGAUUCUCUUGGAGAAUUCCAGACAAAUGUAAUAUAAAGAACCUUAAAAGAUCUACAGAAAAAUCCUAG